AUGAGCAUGCUCGCUAAACAUGUCUCUGAAUCUGGAUUGAUGAUCAGAUCUGAAGAGAGCACAUCACCCAAUGGGAUCGGCCAGCUGAGCAGACCAUCAGCAGGACCUAUCGCCGCUAACCUCAUCUAUGAUCAGUCGCCUGUCCGACCACCCGGAAGCCUUCCUGAAAAGCUGGAAAAGAACCUUCAAGGGUUAUCGGUAAAGGCGAACGACAGCUCAGUGCAGAUGAGCGACUCUCCAGACAGCGGUGUGAGUGUUGGGGAUGACGUUAGCAGCCUCUGUCUUGCUGGAUCUGGGGAUUUCGAGAGUGAGGAUUCGCUGGAUGGAUUCAUUAACUCCAAGCUGGACUUUGAGAGUUUGUUACACGCCCCUUUACUGGACACAGCUCCCAAGUCUCCAGUCCAGGGGCUCUACACGAUAAGACGUCCUAGCAGCCGUAGGCUCACUCGUCGGUUUGACUCGUUGAACGUCCGUCAGAAACGCCCAAGUCCCGCCCGCCGGGAAGGGGAGUCACCGGAAAUGAAGAAAAGGAGAGAGACGGGGAUUAACCAGCGUUCCUACAGCCUUGAACUCCCGGCCUUGAGUAAGAACUCUGUAAAGCGAUGCCAGUCUGCCAACGAAGCUGUUAUCAAACUGGCUCUAGACAGAGUUCACAACGACCCCUUGCUCAUCAGUGAUGGCACCAAGCCAUUCUGCCUUCCCACGAUUCCCGGAAAACAUCAAGAUCUCACAUCGAUUACGCCGGAGACGCUGGCCCGUGUCAUCAAUGACGAAUUCUGUGACGUCAUCCAGCAGUACCUUAUCAUUGACUGCAGAUACCCAUUUGAAUACAAUGGUGGACACAUCCAGGGGGCGGUCAACUGCUUCACCAAGGACAGUAUCAUGGAAAACUUACUGAAGUCGCCUAUGAACUCCACAAAUAGCGAGAAGAGGACCAUUCUUAUCUUCCACUGCGAGUUUUCCUCUGAAAGGGCACCGAAAUUGUCCCGUUUUUUACGGAGCAUGGACCGCGAUGUGAAUAAGGACUGUUACCCACAUCUCCACUACCCAGAGGUCUACCUAUUGCAUGGCGGCUACAAGAACUUUUAUGAGACACAAAAGGAGCUGUGCUGCCCGCAGACGUAUGUGCCUAUGCUACACGCUGACUACAAGGAUGAUCUGAGGACAUUCCGAGCCAAGUGGAAAUCCUGGCCCGGGGAGAAGAAAAGCCGCUUCACCUUGUUCUGA